UGCUGCUCACCUAUUUGACCAUAGAUGGCUGAUGUCUUGUGCAAGACGAUGGUGCAGGAAGUCGACCGUUACUUCCACCAGUCGGGUUCAAAUUACUCCACAUAUCGAGCAGACUUUGCCAGCUCUGUGGCGCCCGCUGUCCCCCUUUUCCGUAAGUGUACUCUUCAGCUCCUGGGCCCGUGCUAAUGCCUUUGUACCGGACUGCCAGAUGUUAUUCAAGGCGACAUUAUCAAGAUCUACGCCCGCAGGCGAAUGGUCCGGGACGAGCUUGGGCCGCUGCCUGAUAGUGCUGAUGGCGGACGUUGGGUCUUCCCGCAGUAUCUGAAGCAAUUGCGCAAAGUCGUCCGAGGUGUGUUGUCACUUACCGAUCC